AUGAGCAGUUUUUUGUACUUCGUCCUCCCGGCGCUGGGAGGAUACACGCUCAGCUCGGUGUACCUGCUGAAGAACCCCCAUAUUCUCCACAGGAAGAAACGCACAGCCUUCUACUGCACACACAUCUCGCACAGAGGAGGAUGUGGAGAGAGGAUAGAAAGCACCAUGGAGGCGUUCACACAUGCGGUGGAGAAGGGCACAGAGAUGCUGGAGCUGGACUGUCACUUGACGCACGACGGACAUGUGAUUGUGUCACAUGAUGAGAAUCUGCUGAGGCAAACCGGCCACGACGUCACCGUCUCCUCCCUCAAUCUACAGGAUUUGCCUUUGUAUAAGAACAAACUGGAGGUGACAUUUUAUGCAGGUCGCUAUAGCAGCGGUACAGACAGGAAGUUUGCUCUGCUUGAGGACGUGUUCAGGAAGUUCCCCGAGAUUCCUGUUAGCAUUGAGAUCAAGGAGAACAACAGCCAGCUGAUAAAAAAGGUAUCCGAGCUGGUUAAACGCUACCAAAGGGAGGAUCUCACUGUCUGGGCCUCUGUGAGCUCCAGCAUCAUGAAUGAAUGCCACAAAGCGAACGGCUCCAUGCCGUACAGUUUCACUAUGAACCGAGGCGUUCUGCUUCUUCUUCUCUUCUACAGCGGCCUGCUACCCUUCGUACCGCUGGGAGAGAGUUUACUGCAGUUCUACCUGCCGCGCAUCAUCAACAGGACGUUCAUUCCUGAGAAACCCAUCCUGAGGAACAAACUGGUCAUCUUUUUGUUAGAAAAAGUAACUAUGAGAAAGAGUCUCUUCAAACACCUUGCAGCUCGUGGAAUUCAGGUACAUUUGUUUGUGUGCAACAAAGAUGAGGACAUAAAGGCAGCAUUUGAAGUCGGGGCCACGGGGGUGAUGAGUGACUACCCAUCUCUUCUGACCAGCUACCUCAGCAGACACGGAAGUCAGGAGUGACUUCCACACAUAUCUGCUCAUGAUAUCUCAGAAAUGGUCCCUUUCUGAUAAAUGAGGAUUGUGUAAAAAUAAAAAAGAAAGCAUGACUGUAAGAGAAAAGUAAAUAUAAGAGGAGUGUGAGGCAUUUCCUCAGCUAUGCCAAGAUGAGUCAGAGACUUGUUGGUCUUAACUAUGAGUAAACUCAUUAAUCUUAAACCUUAAUCAAUAUUGAUUGAAUCACUUGUUUGUGGUUCAUUUGUAUGGCCUCCACCCACAAUCUUUCAGACACCUCCCAGUGUUUAAAGAGAGUCAUUGAUUUUUUCCCCAGCAACAAAUCUGACUAUUGCUAUGGUGAAUAUUUAACCAGCUGAACCAUGUGACCUGAUAAACUAUUUCUGAUGAUAAGAGAGUAAACGUGACAUUGUUUUGACUGUGUCCGAUGUUAUUUUCUGCCAUUAUUUGAUUGGUUUCAGUACGUGUAGCACUUAAUAAAUAAAGUAUCUGAUACAAUUGAUUCUCAUGUGUGCUUUAUUUGCAUGAGGUAUUGAGAUAAACAGAACACAAAUGUGCGGUUGAAA